GGUUGACCCGGAAGACCCUGGUUUCUUUCCUCCAGCAGGUGAAAAUGGCUGCCUCUGGAAGUGGCACUCCUGGCCGGCUGGUCCAGUAUGUUGUUGUCCGGUCGGACCUGGUCCACAAGCUGUCCUGGCCGCUUGGAGCCGUCAUAACACAGGCCUGCCAUGCCGCUACCGCCGCUAUUCACCUCAACUACGCAGACCCGGACACACAGCAGUACCUGACAGAGCUGGACUCCAUGCACAAAGUAGUGCUUCAGGCUCCAGACCAAGACUCCCUGUCCAGCCUGUCAGAGACUCUGACAGAGGGAGGUGUGGCCCACAAGCUUUGGAUCGAACAGCCAGAGAACAUCCCUACCUGUCUGGCGUUGAAGCCUUACCCUAAAGAGACUGUCCAGCCACUGCUGCGCAAGUUCAAACUCUUCAAAUGACACUUGAGCUGCUGCUUUAGAGACUGUCCAGUGACCUGCUGCCAUGCAGGUUCACGUUCUUCAGCAGCACUGAAGAAGUCAAGGGGCUGCUUUUCUUCAGGAUGUGCUGGAGAACAUCUGACUGUCUUCCUGUGGCAGAUGAAUACAGCAGUUAUCACCACAGUGAAGUAAAAAAAAAUCUCUAUAAAGUGUACUCUUGAGGAUAUCAACUAUUGGUCUAGGCAAGCUCUUGAAGAGACAUAAAACAAGCUUUAUUAUUAAAAUAGUGGGUCUAAUGUACUCCGGUGUCUGCAUACAGCAUAGGUUUACAUGUCAGUAUACUGUCUUUCAUACAAUAUACAACCAUCCUCUGUUAUCACAUUAACAUCACAAGCCCUGAAAUCUGAUGUUCCAUUGUGGGAUAAUUUAUUUGUUGAUGACUACAUGACAUUAAAACCUAAAAUAAAAAGAGGUAAUAACAAACAG